GGCGGGCCCCUGGGCCGCUAUAAGAGCGGCGGCGGCCGGCGGGCCGGGCGCUUUGCUUCUGCUACCUCGCCCCCCUUUCCCAAUGUUGCGGCUUCCCCCGCUGCUGCUGGCGGCCGGCUGGGCGCUGCUGGCCGCCGGCUCCGGCUCCGGGACCAGGACCAGGACCAGGACCGAGCCCGAGGCCGGGGCUGGGCCGGGGCCGGUCCGCUGCCCGCCCUGCACGGCCGAGCGCCGAGCCCGCUGCCCGGUGCCGCAGGGCUGCGAGGAGCUGGUGCGGGAGCCGGGCUGCGGCUGCUGCGGGACCUGCGCCCUGGCCAAGGGCCGCCUGUGCGGCGUCUACACGGCCCGCUGCGGCUCGGGGCUGCGCUGCUACCCGCGCCGGGGCUGCUCCCGGCCGCUCCACUCGCUCAUGCGGGGCCGCGGCGUCUGCAUGGAGGCGGCCGAGGUGGAGCUGCUGCGGGGCUCGCUGCCCGGGACAGAAGCUGAAGAUUACUGGGAGCUGGAGCACACGGAUGGCCCUCACAUUCCCUGCCACGCCUACGACAAGAAAUGCAUCUCCAAGCACCUGGCCCGAAUCCGCGAGAAGACGCACACUAACGGGAAGUCCAAGACCGUCCACAAUCACAUCCGUGAUGAGCCACGGAUAAAGGGUCCCUGUCAGGGCGAGCUGGAGCGGGCGCUGGAGAGGUUCACGAUGUUGCUGAGACAGACGCACGAGACUCUGUACCACAUCCCCAUCCCUAACUGUGACAGGAAGGGAUUCUAUCACCCGAAGCAGUGUCACCCUUCCCUGGACGGGCAACGUGGCAAGUGCUGGUGUGUGGACGUGAAGACGGGGGUGAAACUCCUGGGGACCCCGGAGGUGCAGGGGGAGAUAGACUGCCACCACUUCCGCAUGGGACAGGCGCAGGACUGAGGGUGGGGUGGGGUGGGGGCCUCGUGGAGCCUCCCACACCCUGCCCACCCCCACCCCCACACCCCCCCGCCAACAAACACCCCCGAGUAAUCUUUGGUGCUGUCUCUGUCGAACGAGGGGAUGGAUGCCGUGUGGGCAGGGGCAGACCGUCCCUCUCGUCCCGAGUGUCUGUGUGGUCAAACCGGCCCCCGUCUGUUGUAAAAAAAAAUGUUUGCGUAUCUCUCUGUCCUCACUCGCCGCCUCACUUGUGAAAGGAACCUCGCUCCCGGGGGUCAGCUGGGGGGCGGGGGACGUGCGUCUCGUCCAGGGGGGCGUUGAGGGGCAGGCAUGACGGACUGGCCUCUCCGUCACACCCUGGGUUUCGUGAGAUCCAGCCUCGCUCCUUCAGCCUGCUGGCUCCUGCCCCCUCAGUCCCGGUGGGACGGAGGGAGGGAGGGAGGGAAAUCCUCCCUCCCCGGAUAAUGGGGCAGGUCGGAGGUCGCUCAGCGCCCUUUCCUGCGUGCGGGUGUUAAAGGGGAGACGGGACAACUUCCACUCCGGACCCGGCUCAGAACAAACAAAUAAAACACACACAGACACACAUAGACACACAGACACACACACACACACAGACACACAGACACACACACAGAUACACAGACACACACACACACAGACACACACACACAGACACACACACACAGACACACAGAGACACACAGACACACACACA